AUGUCGACCUCCUCUUCCUAUAUCCUCCCCACCGAAUCCCCCUCAACAUCCGACCACGACGAUGUAGACUCCCUUCCCUCCUCUAUAGACAGCAGCGACCUUUCCUCCGAAACUACAGAAGAAGCCUCGGAUGCACAGAAAGAAUGGGAGGCGUCAUUGCAGCAGCUGGAGCUGUUAUUAACAAUGGUGAUUGUUCCGUAUGCCGGGAAAUACUUUGGGAGGAAGUUUGCUUACUGGGGCUGGGCAAAGUACAUGACUUGGAAAUACCCAGUCGAGGUUCGAUUUACGAAUAAGGGCGCCUUCAAUGCAGCCGGUGCUGUUGAGGCAGCUGCUACACUAUAA